GGGGGAUAUUUGAGUCCGUCGAAAGUGGGCCUUCUGGUGCUGAGGAGCUAGCCUUCAAAUUUGCUUUAAACACAAUCAACAGGAAUAGAACCUUACUGCCAAACACUACCCUUACCUACGACAUCCAAAGGAUAAACAUCUACGACAGCUUUGAAGCCUCCAGGAAAGCUUGUGACCAGCUUUCUCUUGGGGUGGCAGCCAUCUUUGGUCCCUCUCACAGUUCCUCUGCCAAUGCAGUCCAGUCCAUCUGCAAUGCUCUCGGUGUCCCGCACAUUCAGACCAAAUGGAAGCACCAAGUAUCCGACAACAGAGACGUCUUCUAUGUGAGCCUGUAUCCAGAUUUUUCCUCCCUCAGCCGGGCCAUUCUGGAUCUAGUCCACUUCUUCAAAUGGAAGACAGUCACAGUGGUCUACGAUGACAGCACUGGUCUCAUUCGGUUGCAAGAACUAAUAAAAGCACCAUCUCGGUACAACAUUCGCUUAAAGAUCCGGCAACUGCCUGCAGACACAAAGGAUGCCAAGCCUCUAUUGAAGGAGAUGAAAAGGGGAAAAGAGUUUCAUAUCAUCUUUGACUGCGGUCAUGAGAUGGCUGCUGGGAUCCUGAAGCAGGCUCUAGCGAUGGGAAUGAUGACGGAGUAUUAUCACUACAUCUUCACCACACUGGAUCUGUUCGCACUGGAUGUGGAGCCUUACCGAUACAGUGGUGUGAACAUGACGGGAUUUAGAAUCCUAAACACAGAAAACAGCCAAGUCGCGUCAAUCAUAGAGAAAUGGUCCAUGGAGAGACUACAGGCUCCACCUAAACCUGACUCUGGUCUACUGGACGGCUUCAUGACU